CACAACACCUUCUCUCCGUCCAUAGCCAUUGACUGCAGCAGUCAAGCAAUUUCUUCUUUCUAUCUCAAGAGCAUAUCUUCCGCUCGUCUUCGUACAAUACUCCCUCCCUUCACAAACAUCUCCUACUACAAAUUACCCAGAACAGGGUAUCUACCUCUCAGAAUAACCCCCGUGACGUCACCGUACGCAUACCGAGGGCGCAACUCCAGAACAGCUGAGAACCAUAACCAUAAUAACCACAACCUGCAGCGCCCUUCCAGGCCCCUCUCAUUCCAUCUCAUCCCUAUAAUCCAUUCCUCCAAACCCAUCCCAUUACCGACAACCAGAACGCCAAUAACCACUCAAUUGCCUCACCAUCCCCCUCUCCCAAACAAGUCCCCCCUCCUAUCCCUAUCCAUCGCAACCACAAUCGUCGCAACCAAACAAUGGCCUUCCUCCUCAGCCGCACAACAACCACUCUCCUAGGCACCGGUCUCGGUGUCGGCCUCUCCCUCUCCCUCCACCCACUUUCCCCCUUCCGCGCAGCCCCAAUGCAAUGCCAAUACACCGCUCCCUACUACCGCCCCGAAUCCCAAAUCUCCCCGGACUCCGGCUGGGCCAUGGACUCCCAGGACCCGUUGCUGCGCAAACAAGGCACCACCCGGAACUCGAGUCAUACUGCAGGUGGCGGGAUCCUGACGGCCUCGAACAUGCGCCAGGUCAGUCUGGGCAGCGUGCUGGGGUUGGUUGUGGGUGUGGGGUUGAGGGCGUUUUCGAGAGUGUUAGUGGUGCUCUUGGGGAUGGGGAUUGUUGCUGUUGAGUGGGCUGCGGCGAGAGGAUAUAAUCUGCUUCCGGUCAACACGGUGCAGAAGUACUUCAAGCGGGUGGAUCUGCAAAAGACGGUGUCGCACCAUAUUCCCUUCAAGGUUAGUUUCGGGGCUACGAUGGGGUUGGCUGCGUUUGCGCAGUUCUAGGCAGACUAUGUUGAGAUAUGCGGUAUAAAUGGGAUAUGGUAGUAUCGCAUGUCGAAGAAUCUAUGUAUCUUGUCUAGCAAAUGAAGUAACACCGGGCUUACUACACUCCAAUUGCUGCAAUAAGUCUUCUGUGUUAUACAGGGUAUCACGGAUUUGUGCCAUGCCGUGCAAGGCGCUAUACUAGCCUAUCUUAUACUAUACUAUACUAUACUAUACUAUCUAUCAGUCUAUCAUUCUGUCUUUCAGCAAUCAACUCAAUACCAAAUCUUCCAAAACCCCCUCCAUCUCGUCACGCGCCAAUGGGACUCCCAAGAUCUCCAUCCCACUCGUAUCCAUCCGCGAAGUAAUCAUCUGAUGAUCAUGGAACUCCUUCAACAGCGUCCGGAACAUCAUCUCCGAUGAGGCAAUGAACUCUUCCGCUGCCUUUUGAUACAGCAUUCGAAACUCAAUGCCCGUUUCCUCUCCU